AUGCCGCUUAAACGUAUGCCACCGAAGACUCCGCUUGCUAAUAAAAAUAGUAGUCCUAUGCUAGAAGUCCCUGCUACGCCAAUAACCGAACAAUCAAAAUCAGAGACAAACAUAUCUAAUUUCGAUGAUAGUUUUGUUACUACUAGACGAAAAAAUAAUAAUUCAGAGUUAAAUCACUUCAUGAAGGAAAUGAAAGAUAUGUUAUCAAACGACACCUCGCAAAAUCAACAAAAAAUAUCAUCGUUAGAGUCCAGAAUUAAUGAAGUAGUCUCUCAAAAUUCUGAGAUCAUGGAUACGCUGAGCUGUAUAUCAAGUCAGUACGAUAAUCUAAAUGAUAAGUUCCAGACGCUAUUAGCUGAGAGAAAAGAUCGUGCCUACAUUCGCAAACUUGAAGAUAAAAUCUCGAGUUUAGAACAGCUUUUGCAUGCGUCAAAAGUUGAAUUAAAAAACAUUCCCAAAAAUAACGCUGAGACCAAAGAGAAGCUGUGCUGCAUUGUUCAGAAAACCGCACAAACUUUGGAUGUGCACUGGGUAUUCUAUCAAGAUUCGGCGCCAGCUCAUAGAGCGAAGAGCACACAAGACUGGCUGGCGGCGCGUGAAAUCGACUUCAUCCGGCACGAAGACUGGCCCUCCUCCAGUCCAGAUUUGAAUCCGUUAGAUUACAAGAUAUGGCAACACUUGGAGAAAAAGGCGUGCUAA